CAUGGGGAGAAUCAGCACUGGCCCGUCUGAUAGAGAUCGGUAAUUUUUUAAAUAAAAACCCGAGAGGCCUUAGAAAACAAACAAACGGAAAACCCAUCCCGGCAUAUAACAUGAAAUAAAUCAAUGGACUGAAUGAAGACUGCCUACAACGCCUAUCGAUGCCUGGCCAAGGAUCUGGAUGCUUACGCCAUGAACCCAGAGAUGACAAUGGACAGCAUUGGCAAUCUGCAUGGUGGAAUAAGCCAUGAGCAGGAUUUGAUGAACAGUCAUAGCCCCCACCACCAUCACAAUCGGAACACGGGGGCUUCCUUGCGGAUACAUCAGGAUCUGGCUGCGGCAUCGUCGCGGACCGCGAUGGUGUCCAGCAUGGCAACGAUUCUGGACGGAGCCGGAGAGUACCGACCAGAAUUGUCUCUCCCGCUCCAUCACGCCAUGAGCAUGCCGUGCGACACAUCCCCUCCCGGGAUGGGGAUGAGCGGCACCUACACCACGUUAACUCCACUGCAACCCUUACCGCCCAUUUCUACAGUUUCGGACAAAUUCCACCAUCCGCACCACCACCAUCAUCAUCACCACCAGCGUCUCUCUGGGAACGUAAGUGGGAGUUUUACGCUGAUGCGGGACGAUCGGGGUUUACCAGCAAUGAACAACCUCUAUAGCCCCUAUCAUAAGGACAUGACCGGGAUGGGUCAGAGUUUAUCCCCCCUGGCCAGCAGUCCCCUCGGUAACGGCUUGGGCUCCAUACACAACACCCAACAAAGCCUCCAUAACUAUGGCACACAUGGGCAUGACAAGAUGCUUAGCUCCAACUUUGAUGCCCACACUGCCAUGCUGGCCAGAGGGGAUCAACAUCUCUCUCGAGGCCUCGGUGGCCCAACGGCAGGUAUGAUGCCACAUUUGAACGGGAUGCACCACACAGGGCAUCCGGGCCACCCUCAAUCCCACGGGCCUGUGUUGGCUUCUAACCGAGACAGACCGCCCUCCUCCUCUGGAACACAAGGUAGUAACUCGGGGCAGCUGGAAGAAAUAAACACCAAAGAAGUCGCACAAAGGAUCACAGCCGAACUGAAGCGAUACAGCAUCCCGCAGGCAAUCUUCGCGCAGAGGGUGCUGUGUCGCUCGCAGGGCACUCUUUCCGACCUCUUAAGAAACCCCAAACCUUGGAGUAAACUUAAAUCGGGAAGGGAAACCUUUCGGAGAAUGUGGAAAUGGCUGCAGGAACCCGAGUUUCAGAGGAUGUCGGCCCUUCGGCUUGCAGCAUGCAAAAGAAAAGAGCAAGAGCCAAGCAAGGACAGGAGCAAUACACCAAAGAAAUCCCGCCUGGUUUUUACUGACCUCCAGCGCCGCACACUGCUGGCCAUCUUCAAGGAGAACAAGCGUCCCUCCAAGGAGAUGCAGCUGACCAUCUCCCAGCAGCUGGGGCUGGAGCUCAGCACCGUCAGCAACUUCUUCAUGAAUGCCCGGAGGCGCAGCCUGGACAAAUGGAUGGACGAGGGGAGUCCAGGCGGCAACUCCUCAGCCUCCAGCACUUGUACCAAAGCGUGA